GGGGUGUGGAAGGAUAAACGUGGAACGUUGAGAAUGAGAGGAGCACAGGGAUUCCUGCCAGGGCUGCGGCCGGGUUUUACUGAGAGGGUGAAGGGAGGGAGGUUGCUCACAGGAGAGGCUUUCGCCUGAAAAUUGUGAGUAGAUAAAGGACGUACGGUCACCUAGUGGGGGUAGAUUGCACGGCCAGUGGCAAACAGUGAGGAACAUAGAGGGGAUGAAAUCGAAGUGAAGGGUGGCAUGUGGAAGAGGGGCUCGUGGUGGCAUGAGUUGGCUCACUCUGCGGCUCCCGCCGCUCGGGAGCAGACACGCGGAGCCAAACAAAAACAAAAAAAAAAUAACAUUUAUUUCCACUAUUUUGUUAGAAAAAUUAUAAAAACAACCUACUUAUCACAAAUAGUACAUGUGUAAAUAUAACAAAUUUUCCACGCAACAUCGUAAUUAUAUUGAAAAUCUGGUCUUCGAAUAACAAUAAAGCCAAAAGCUAAAGAAAAAUCAUUAAUUCCGCAAAGUUAAAAAUACGCUGGAAAAUAAAUCAAACUAAUGUAAAGGGUUAAAUAAUCGUAACAAAUUCACCAACUUAACUGGCAAACUGGACUAACUUGUGGUUAUUAUCUGGAGUGAAAAGAGGAUAUUGUUGAAUGAGGAAAAAAGAACAUGGAGCCGAUGGUUUGAAUACAGGAAAACAGCAUUAGAAAAUAUUCAUCGAACUGUUCUAGCGCCGUGAACCGAAUUUUCUACAAUUAUUUUCAAUUUAAAUGUACAAUAAUAUCGAGCGGCGUAUAAAUUGUUUUCAAUGGAUAAAGUAGUCUCAUAGGUGUCACUGAUUACAUUAUUUUGUCCCGAUACUUGGGACAGGUUCAGUGUUGUGUCGUAGUAAUACUAGAAGAGAGGGCAAAAAUCAGCAAUAGAGCUUAACCAUCGAGAGGAACCUAGAAAGUGAUAGAAAGCUAAAUUCAAGUGACGAGAAAUCGGAAAAAGGCCACUCCAUCAAAAUACGAUAAUCGAAAAACAGUGAAAGAUAUGAAUUACUAAAUCAACGAGGGCACGUUCGACAUCUUCACGCACGCGUGAGCUACACGUGACUUCUCCACUGAACUGACAACUCAAAAUUUUGUUUUCUCCCUCUCAUCAACCACCGAUUAUCGUGAUAUAAAUCUAGGUGCAUAACUGAUAACAGAAAAACCCAAAAAAACAAGAGAGAAUUUUGAAAAAGCGAUAUUACCUGAAAUAUCGAUUCACCAAAGUUUGGCUGUGUAAGAUCGUCCUCGGGAAUGUUCCAUAGUUCUCAACUUCUCCUCAGGUCGCCUGAACGAAGUCACUGGAAUCCCGGUUCAUCUCGAUUAUCUCGGUUCCCCAUAACCAAAAGAUAAUUGUCAAAAAUAUUACUCACCAUCAAUAACUUCCAGCGCACUACUACACCCGCAAUUAUAAAAUGCAAUUAACCAAAUAAAAGACCCUCCCAGCAUUUAUUAAACAUCCGGAGUGAAGUGAAUUAAUUUCAACUGUUGGCCCAAUAUCACAGUAUGGUUAACGUGACUGAUAGCAUUACGGAAAUAACAACAGAAGAGGAAAGAACUUGAGCUACUUAAAAUAUCAGUGUGUAAAAGCCGAUCGAUAAAAAUCCUCAAUCAUUGGUGGAGGGAGGGGGGGAGGGUAAACUAUGGCUGGCUACAAUCACGCAAAUUCACAGCGAGUCGUCUACCACGCGACCUAUCCAACCCCACUCGCCCCAAUUGUCUAGAUACGGUGAGGGGAGAUUUCGUUUAUUAUGAGAUAUUCUAGCAUUCUCUCGAUAAUCUUCAUGCUUUGCUUCAAAAUGAUAGCAUGUCAUAUGAGCGAGUGGACCAAUGAUGGCGACUAUACGGAUGUAGUGAAGCAUGUGCUGGAAUUUCACUGUCGAGUAACAUUCAGUGGUUGCUGUCAUCUUAUCUACGAUUUAUCUUAAAGCCGUAUAGAGCUCGAAUAUGUUGGAAUCCUCCCCAUUGCGUUAUGAUGGCGAUCCUAUAAAACUACCCGAAAACUUGGAAACAUUACCGCGAGCCGAGCAUUUUCCAACUCAGAGGCAUCGGUGGAACACAAACGAGGAAAUAGCUGCCAUACUGAUCAGCUUCCAGCGGCACACAGAAUGGCAAAGUCGAGAGGUGAAGGUGCGACCCCGAAGUGGUUCAAUGUUAUUAUAUUCGCGAAAGAAGGUUCGCUACCGACGGGAUGGCUAUUGCUGGAAAAAGCGAAAGGACGGAAAAACCACUCGCGAGGAUCACAUGAAGUUGAAGGUCCAAGGGGUGGAAUGCAUUUACGGCUGUUACGUCCACUCAGCGAUACUCCCCACGUUCCACCGUCGCUGUUACUGGCUCCUCCAGAAUCCCGAUGUCGUCCUCGUCCACUACCUGAACGUUCCAUAUCCCGAUGGGGAUGCAAAAUUAGCAGCACUACCACCAUGUUUAGUGCUGCCGCCGGACAAAAAGGAAUGGACGAGGGAUGAACUGGCCGCCCAACUGAGACCAAUGUUCCUGGGUAGUGAUGAUGAUCCCACUAAUGCUCAUCUGAACCAACACUCUACACAUCCCGUUGACAUGAUUGUAACACAACUGCUGGACAGACAACGGGCGUCAUUAACUACAUCAUCCAGUGGUGCUCAAUUAGCUCCUAGGAGAUUAACGCCUGACAAUCAGGUGACUUCGACGACUGGAGGACAGCACUCCUCGUCAACGGGGUCAUCAGCCACCCGUGUAUAUUCCAGGCACACCCAUCCGACUCAAAAUCAACAACCAACACCUCUGGUACUGAGCUUGCAGCAGAUUCAGGGUGGAGGUGGUCUCUUGAUACUGAAUAGUCAGCCCUAUCACCAUCAGCAGCAGUCGCAGUCUCAGCAAGACAAGCAGGCUCAGUCGCAGGCUCAAAAUCAUCAGACCGAAAUACAAUCAGUCAAUGAACAGACAUCGGUGCAGCAGACGAGUGUUGAUCGUGAACAACAGACGCAGCAGGAUAUCGAUACUCAAGAUACCAUCGAAAGACCUGUGCUGCAAACGAUAGUAGCAACUGGAGGUGCAACAGACGUUACCGAAUUCGUCGAGACUCUCGACCUGAGUCAAGAAGACAUUCAGAGGACUCUGUCAGCGAACAUGAUGCCGUCCUCACCCUCACCAUCACCAGCUGAUAAUCAUAUAAUAAAUCCCAUGGAUUUCAUUGAUUCAUCUGACGAUGUGUUGGUCAAUCUGGAUGCUUUCGAUGUUUUCGGUGAUUUGCCGGAGCUCCACGAUUUUGAGACUGAACAUAUAAAAACCGAAAACCGAAGUGCUUCAUCACAGAAUGACAAUGCUCGCCCUCCUGGAGCAACAGUCCAUAUUGCUGAAUACAGUCCUGAGUGGAGUUACACCGAAGGCGGGGUCAAGGUAUUAGUAGCAGGACCGUGGACCGGCGGAGGAAGUUCACAGUCGUAUUCGGUUCUGUUUGACACAGAGCCUGUUGAAGCGUGUCUCGUCCAGCCCGGUGUGUUACGCUGCCGAUGUCCAGCCCAUGCACCUGGGAUAGCUUCCCUCCAAGUCGCAUGUGACGGGUUUGUUGUAUCUGAUAGUGUUGCCUUUGAGUACAGACGAGCACCCACAACCGAGCCGAGUCCUGAGAAAGCACUGUUGGAUCGCUUCGCGGAUGUUGAAUCACGAUUACAGGGUCCUGGUCCACGUUCACCAGUGGCACAUCUUGAGGAGCGAUUGGUAGCCUACUGUCAGGACGCUGUAAUUCGUCCUUGGCGAGCUGGUGCAGAGCCUCUCCAGUCAACGGGUCCAACGCUUCUUCAUCUGGCAGCUGGUCUCGGAUAUUCACGACUCGCCUGUGCUCUUCUGCACUGGCGUGCGGAAAAUCCGAGUAGUGUUCUCGAUGCGGAAGUGGACGCUCUUCGCCAGGACAACGCUGGCAUGACGCCGCUGGCAUGGGCUUGUGGUGCAGGACAUGCCGAUACUGCACGCAUCCUCUACAGGUGGAACGCGAUGGCAUUGUGUGUGAAGGAUCGCCAGAACAGGAGCGCUACGGAAAUUGCAGCGGAGAAUGGUCACUCAGUCAUAACUGAGGAGCUGAAUCGUUUGGAGGCAAGACGGCAGGAUGAACGUCUUUUCUUGAGACCAGCGAGUCCGAGUCCACGAAGACCUUCCCAGGACAGCGGUCUCGAUUUGACAUCAUGUGGUUCCCUGCUGCUGGACAAUAUGGAAUUUUCCCAAGAAGAUGACUCAUCCGUAGGAAUUGGUUCACAGCAAAUGGAGAGUACUUCAAGCUCCCAAUCAUCCGUAGGGGAGGAAGAUGUACGAGUGUUGACAUUAGCCGAACAAAUAAUCGCCGCUCUUCCAGAAAGGAUUAAGAAGGAGAAAGUUAAUCGAAGCACAUCUUUGCCGCCUCCCUCGCCCACCCCGUUGGCGCUUCUUGAGGACCCUCUGACAGAGCCAAUGCCUCUCAACUCCAGUGAAUUAUUCGACUGCUACCGAGAAUGCAGUGGUGGUGCUGCAUCAAUCUCCGACGCUGACGCUGAAGCGAGCCCAUCAAGCCCUUCAAGCAGUUGCUUAACCCCGGAUUCACCUUCUCCAUCUCCGACAACAUCCGACUUCUGUGAAUUUUUGCAAAUGCAACUGCAGCUGGAUAAUGGACGUGGUUCCACUCAUAAUUUUCAUCAUGUGGAUGGACCGAUGGGAUCGGGCAUUUACAGUAGACCGGGUAGUCAUGCCAGUGACAGCAGUGAAACGGAUCUCAGUAGAUUAACGUUGUCCGAUCGUGAACAGAGGGAGCUUUAUCAAGCUGCUCAGAUGAUCCAGAAGGCGUACAGGAGUUACAAGGGAAGACAACGUCAAGAGGAAGCCGAACGACAUGCGGCCAUUCUCAUACAACAGUACUAUCGCCGUCACAAACAAUACGCAUACCACAGACAAGCUAACAAAGCAGCGCUCGUCAUUCAGAGUAAUUACCGCAAUUACCGAGCUCGUCCGAGUUUCAAAAGCACAAGACAACAAUCCGUUCAUCAACAGGCGGCCCAUCAGGCCGCGAGGAAGAUUCAGCAAUUCAUGCGGCAAUCUAAAAUCAAACAUAUCUUCCUCAUUUCAAAAUGCAGCUUGUCCUUGGAUGAUACACGACCGGCUGCAGAGCGCCAGGGUCGUCGCAAGAGGGAACGUGAAGCUGCCAGUGCGACCUUUACAAAUGGCUGUUGUCCACCGAAACUAGCCCUGAUUUAGCUGAGAAGUUAAUUGAGCCGCCAUCGCUUCUUGGUCUAAAAGCAAUAUUCUUGGUUGCUGAUCAAUUUGAAUCCAACUAGAGUGACCAAAUUGCGAGGUGGAACUUGUGACCGUCCAUCGUGCUGCCUCCCUGUCAACAUCUAGAGACUCAGCUAUUAGAGCUGAGUUUUCUCGUUUCAUCGAACGAUUUGUUAAUGAAAAUAUGAUGUAGAGAGAGUGGGUUACGAAUUUUACUGGAUUGUACCGAGUACAUAUUUUUGAUUUUCUUGAGAGGUGCAUAGUUGACAUUGAGCUGCGAACAACCCCCGAAGAGUAGCAGGAAAUAUAGGUGGAGGCUGGAAAUUGAAACCAAAUUGGGCCCCGUUAGUGAUUCAGAAAAUAUAUUUAGAGUGACGUUUCCUUCUUGGUUGAAAGAUUUAGAGGUAAAAAGAAGUAAAAAAUAGGAUGUCAAGACCACAAAACAGAGCUACAUAGACAGACUGACCCAGACAAGCACAGACGUUACUGAACAAUUCGAAAAAAAAUUAACAUGCAAAAAAACUUCCAACGGAUAUCUUCACGCCCAUGCUAUUGUAAACAAAUUGAAUUAUCUGGAAAAAAGCGCUAAGUCGACAAGAAAAUCAAAAGACACCAUAUGUAAGGCAUUUGUAAGAAACAUUCUCAUAGAAAUUUCAAUAGGUGUGAUUGUUUUGUUGAUAAUGCUAGAGUGUUUUUUACUGUUUUUUCCUAAUAAUUCCGUCGAGAUGGUGCUAUUAAGGUUCUCUGUCAUUUAACGUGAGAAUGCGUCUUUCAUAGCCCAUCAUAAACCGGCAGUUUCCAAUUCCUGUUUUGUUAACUUGGGAGGCACCACUCAAAAUGCAAAAUGUUAUCGAGAAAAGUUGAUCUCUACAUGAAAGCUUAUUGAUUUAACAUAAAAGAAUUGGCCACCGGGACUUCCAUUAGUCACUUGGGGAAUGAAAAUGGGGGCUGUUUACGGCUUUCGCACUGACCGACGCCGAGGACCGUCGGCAAAUUCGGUUACUGAGGAAUGCCACCUUCCGCUCCACUUGGAGUGGAAUUUUUUUUUAAUAAAGUUGGGCCAAGUUUCCAGAGACUGGCAGUCAGCUACCACAAAAAUUGAUAUUGAUGACUCCACAUUUCCCCGUUAUAAAAUUGGUUAUGCGAACAUAGCAGCAAAGAACACCCCGAUGUGGACUUGAUGCCGAUUCUUCCUUGGAAGAAAAAUUUCUUCAAAUAAAAGUCUUAUCUAAUAUAUUUGACACAUACUGCAAUAUUAUUAAGUCUUAUAUUUGCAAGCACGGCGUCGAAUAAUGCAAUAUACUUGAAACUUCUUCUCUUCUCAUUUUAUCUCUAAUUCUAGAUAUUUCCUAGAAAUUUUUUCUGAAAUUUUUAAUCAAACUGUUUAAUAUUCGUUAUUGCUGAGUUGAUUUGUUAUACGGACUAAGAAUAAUAAAGUGAAAUCAAAUUUCUGAUACUGUCUAGUUUAGGGAAAUGCCCGCAAUGAUAUCGACAUAUCAUUUAGUCAGCCUUUUUUCAUAGAGUUCUUUUCAUCGAUCAGAAUGUCGUAAGGAAAUGAAUCUAAUCGUACCGGCGCAUUCUUUUCAAAACGCCGGCCAGGAAUGAGAUUCCAAAGAUGUACAUAUUUAGUGAAUACCAUUAGAGCACUUUUAUCGCAUCAGUUUUUCAUUAAUUUAUGGAUUCAAUACUCAGACUUCUAGUCCAGGUACCAAUCGACCUAGACUUAUUGAGCAAUCAAUUAUCCAAUAAUUCCAGAUUCAAAAAAUAGCGUUAACUAAUUGACUAUGUAACUCAGAAAGGUGGGACGUCUUUUCAAUGACAUUCAACAGAAAUUUUGGAUUACGGUAUUUUAACUGAUCAGCUUAAUUUACGACAGAUGGAUUUAUUAUUUAAAAUGAGCGCAUUUUAAAGAAUGAGUUGACAUUUCUCAAGUCAGCUUUUUCAAUGCGAGAGAAUAACGUCCUUGACACAAGCUUCAAUAAAAUUGUUCAAUAUCUGCUAUAUAAUGAUAAGAUUGUUAUAAACAUUUCCAAAUGAUGUGUUAAAAUUUUCCGAAACUCUACGGUAAAUGUAAUUUAAAAAUUUGGGAGAAGUGCAGUGAUCUUCAACGUAUUAUUGAUAAUUAACAUCGUCGAAAGGUGUAAUUUCUUUUCUAUUAACAAUAAUAUGAGAAUAAUAUUCAGUAUUAAUAAUUUAUUCAAUAAUAUUUUCUUAAGAACCAUCUAUAGGCAUUGAUUUCUCAAAAAUUAAAUCUAUCUGUGGUCUAUUUAAUUUUUAACACCUCAACUGUGGCGAGAUCCUAUAAGUCAAAAAUGUCAGUUGAAAAGACGUAUCAACAUCGAAAUGUUUUUCAAACUUUCUUUUAAAAGUUAUUCUAUUCUCCCAGGACAAUGAUUACAAUCGCUGUCAUAGUCUUUAUAUCGAAACAUAAACUGAAACUCUUGUGCGUUGGUGAUAGAAGAAAAUCUAUUGCUACAUAAUGUGAUAAUUCCAUGGUGAUUAAAGAAAGUAUUUCCGAUGCUUUGCAGAUAUAAGAACAAAGAACAAAAUUCAAAAUAAAAAUGAUACAGGUACGCAGACCCGAUCUGUCAGAGGGGCUCAGUAUUUUCGAAUGAAAAAAAAAAACAGAUAACCCGGAAAGAAUAGAAUUCCAACGAUGCGAAUAGGCGAGGUGGUGUCACCGAUAAAAAAAGAUUUAGUUGUUAAGCUCACACGCUCAAUCCCUUCAGUUCCAUCAUUACGGAAUAUCAAGAUAUCCGAUGAUCUUGAUAGUUGCGUAUUAAUUGUAGAUAUUGGAUUAAUUGGAUAAGCGUUACGAUAGUGAUAAUUCAAAAAUUGCAUUAUGUAAAAGGAAUAUGUAUAUACAGAGAAGAUAUACACAUGAGUCAAUUCCAACAAACAUUUUCAUGCAUUAAGCUUAUAAAAAAGGGUAUCAGUGCUUAAUUGAAAUUAAAUUAAUGAAGAUGAGGCAGAAAAUAUUAAAUUUUUCAAUCAGUAAAAUUUAACUAUAAAUUAAUUAACAAUCUCAUCUCAACCUAUUAAGGAAGAGUCAAUGAGAUUCCAAUAUAUUGUAUACAAACAAGUAUAAUAUAUUGAGUAUUUUUGCUCUUUAUACAUUCCAGUGAUUUACUCAUUGAAAUUUAGUAAUCUGAGAGGUAUGCGCUCUGUUAAUAGAACAAGUACAUUAUUUCAGGAAAGUUAAUCGUACGCUUUUGCCUAUGCAGGGAAAAAGUUCUACGAAUUUUCAGAUUUUACAUAAAAAUUAAUUCUUAAAAAAAAUGAAUACUCAAACGUUACUCAACGAGAUUUAUAGCCACUUCUAAGCGAAUCCGAAAUAGCUCCUACGAGUAUCUACUCAUAAUUUUUGAAGUUUAAUGAUUCAUUAAAAAGUCAUAAUGUCGUACGUCUUCUAGCCAUCUCAAUCUACGACCGAUGAGACUAAUUUAUUUAUAUCUUUGAAUCACACUCCAAUUGAAAAUUCGAGAUAAUCGAAGGAAAAAUAACCAUAAAUUAACCACGAUAGAAAGAAAAAAUGAGAAUUUAACCGCAUAGACGCUUCGAUGAUGACAACUUGAAGACGUAAUUUUAAUCAAAUGAAUCCUCACAGAGAAAAGUCAUGAUUAGUACAAGAAAUAAAUAACGGGGAAAAAAAUGUUUUUAAAUCUUAAAUAAUGAAGCCAAAGCAUGGCCUACUUGCUGCCCCUUAAAUUAGCUUCGAAUAAUCAACUUUAACUUCUUUAAUAUUGAGAGUCACAAAAAAAUUACAAGACAUCGAUAAAAUGAGAGCGUCAGGCAAUUUUACCGAUAGUUAAUGCAAACCGAAGGUAUAAAUACUUUAACUUCAAACUCGUUUAUUUUAUUAGUGAUUCAAUUUUACGACUUCGCGGCAAUAACCAUGAUUCAGAUAGAGUCUUUCAAUGAUAUUCCGAUAUCUUUCUUCUAUCGCUCUUCUAGGAUUCGUAACAGGCAAUAAAAUACAUGAAAUGGUUUUGUUCAUUUUUUCAAUGAAUUGUCACUUUCCAAUAAACAAUAACCUGAUUGAAUGAAUUUCUGAGAUUUUCUCAUUUAAAAUUGUGCAAUCAUUUUCGUUCUGGAAAAAGUUCAGAACGUUUAAGAAAAAGUAUGGGACGUUCAGUGAAAAAAUAUGGAACUGUUCUGUAAUUUUUUACUGAAUAUUGUUUUGGUUGACAAAUUACAGAACAGACACGUAGUUUUUCGAAAUUUUUCGAAAUUUUUUCCGUCCCUGUGCAAUUCCAUCGAAUCAAAAUACAUAAAAAACUCGUGGGAAUGACUAAUCGAUUGAAAUUUCAAGGUCAUUCAUGACAUUAUUAUUUUUGAUCAAUUCGUUCUGAAAAUUCUAUGAUAUCUUUUUUAAUUAAAAAUGAAAUACCCAUAUUUUAUUAGAAAGUGUCAAAAUAAUGAAUCAUUUUGAACGAAAAGAUUGAAAUAUACUACAUGACAUGCCUGUACGAAUUUAGCCACAAAGAUGUCGCACUUUAUCACUUUUGUCCUCUUUGCUUGUUAGAAAGAAGACUAAAAUGCUCCAUUUUCUUAUAGUACUUCAACUCGCAUAAGAGAGGAUCGAUAAAGCAUAGCAAAAAAAUACGAGAAGCGACAAAAAAAAAUAAUGGAAUAAUGAUGUUAACUAAUGAAUGAAUAUACCUCUGUUUAUCAUUUUAUCAAUAUCGUUCAACGAAUAUUGUAAAUAACGAAACAAUUUUAUCUAUUCCCGAUUUUGAGGGAGACGGAUGGUAGUAUUAAUUACCUCACAGUGUCGUCCAAACGGAGAUGAUGAUUUUCAAUUAUAAUCAUUAUCCGUCUUCUUCUUCAUUGUUACUCCAAUUCAUCAUUGCAUUUAAUAAAUUAUAUAUUUAUUGA